AUGACGAGGCUUGGCUUUGCAGCUCUGGUGAAGAAAGCGAGGCAGAGUUCGCAUUUACUACCUCGAAAUGAUGUUUUGUACUUAGACAAGAGGGUCGUUGUCAUCAACAAACCGCCAGGCCUAGUGAGCCAGGCAUCUUCGAAGGACGAUGACCAGCUGAACAAGUUUUUGAAUGAAAUACAAACCAAACAUAAACUUGAUGGACCUCUCAUUCCCGUUCACCGAUUGGAUAAACCAACUAGCGGGUGUCUUCUUCUUGCUCGUUCUACAGAUAUGGCACGGGACUUAUCCCGUCAAUUUCAGCAGCGCAAGAUAGAUAAACAAUAUUUUGCUUUAGUUCGUUCUACACCUCAAGCGUUACCCGGGACAAGCGGUGUUAUAUCACAACCACUUCAGCUCCGAGAUGGAUAUGUAUCGAAGGGAAAGGCUUCAGAUCCUGCGUGUCUCACAGAGUGGGAAUUGAUUGCCUCGGCUAACAGGCUGUCACUGUUGCGUUUGAAUCUCAUGACGGGGCAUAAACACCAAAUUCGUUUCCAUCUCGCCAAAGUCCUGAACGCUCCCAUUCUCGGAGAGAAGUUGUAUUCUCAAAUGCCGCCCAUUCGCUAUGCCCCAAAGGACAGGCUAUUCUUGCAUUCGUCUUAUAGAUUUAGGCCCUCUGGACCCAACAAGCGUUACAAAUUAGGUAUACGCUCCCCGAUGCCGCCAGAGUUCUUCAAAGUUUGUUCUCAUAUCGGUAUCGACAUUUCACCUGAGAACAGAACGGGAGGUGUGUUCAUUGACGACCUUUCCGCCGAAAAUAUAGAGAGCGUGGGUGGGGUUUGGAUGCCUCGUGACAUGUAAAAGGUGCUGCGUCGAGUUACCAGAUUUCCUACUCGCGACUCAUUUUGGUGCGUGCCAUGGCUUGUACGGCCACAUUUAACUACUCACUCGAGGAUUUUACUGGCCGUUGCAGAAGUCUCAAUGAACCUUUCCCCCAGAUUGGCAAGUUCCCAAUCCUCUGCCACCUUACCACCCUUUGCUACCUCCCAGGAACGCCAUGUUCCGUACGGUGGGUUUCUAUCGCAUAUUUUUGGUAUUAUAUGUGCGACACAGACCUUCAAGCUUAGUAAUGGAGGGGAGGGGAGGAUCAUUAGCGCAAUCAUUCAAUCUGGAGGGAUUCUAUAGCCUGUGCCGAUGAGCAAAACUAAAUAAGAAUAUUCGUCUCUUGUGUCGAUAUUUGUCAAAUUUCAACGUCAUGGGAACCGCC